CGCAUCUUUGUAUUUAGCGCACUCAUAUCGUCGCGCUCUUCGUUCCUCGGCAUUCACCAGGACUCGGUCCUUGAUGCGGUGAGUCUCCGCCGGUCACCGGCAGGUUGGGUUUAACGCGCCACCUAACUGUACUCCCGACCAUGGAGAUCGAUCAUGAACCGCCGCCUUCCAACGAUGUUAGCACCAAUGCUGCCGAGAGCCCUGGAAACUCCUUUCCUUCAUUUUCUUCUUCUUCUUGCUCCUCUUCCUCGUCGCCUCAUGGUUUGAAGGAAAAGGAGAACGAGGCGAACGCGUCUACGUCGGCCAAGUAUGACGAUGAAGACGAGGAGGAAGAGGACGUCUGUCGGAUAUGCCGAAACCCUGGUGAUGGUGAAAAUCCUCUCAGAUACCCGUGCGCAUGUAGCGGGAGCAUCAAGUUUGUGCAUCAGGAUUGUCUUCUUCAGUGGCUUAGUCAUAGCAAUGCUCGUCAAUGUGAGGUUUGCAAACAUGCCUUUUCUUUCUCUCCUGUUUAUGCUGCAAAUGCUCCGGCUAGGCUGCCUUUUCAAGAAUUUGUAGUUGGAAUGGCCAUGAAAGCGUGCCAUGUCCUGCAAUUCUUUUUGCGCCUGAGUUUUGUGCUAUCUGUGUGGCUCCUUAUCAUACCUUUCAUCACAUUUUGGAUAUGGCGAUUAGCUUUUGUGAGGAGCUUUGGUGAAGCCCAGAGGUUAUUCUUAAGUCAUUUAUCUACCGCAGUUAUUCUGACUGAUUGUCUACAUGGUUUCCUGCUCUCUGCAAGCAUCGUGUUCAUUUUUCUCGGGGUCACUUCUUUGAGGGAUUACUUUAGGCAUUUGCGAGAAAUUGGGGGCCCGGAUGUUGAUAGAGAAGAUGAGGUGGAUAGAAAUGGGGCCCGAAUUGCUAGAAGGCCUGCUGGACAAGCUAAUCGCAAUGUUGCUGGUGAGGGAAAUGUUGAGGAUGUUGGUGUUGUUCAAGGCAUUGUUGGAGCGGCUCAAGCUCCAAGAAGGAAUGCAGAGAAUGUUGCAGCACGGUUGGAGAUGCAAGCACAGCGUCUUGAGGCUCAUGUGGAGCAAAUGUUUGAUGGUCUGGAUGACGCUGAUGGUGCUGAGGAUGUACCUUUUGAUGAACUUGUGGGCAUGCAGGGUCCAGUUUUCCAUCUGGUUGAAAAUGCCUUCACUGUCCUGGCAAGCAAUAUGAUUUUCCUUGGUGCCGUGAUCUUUGUGCCCUUUUCAUUGGGCCGCAUUGUACUCCAUUAUCUAUCUUGGUUCUUUUCAACUGCCACUGGUCCUGUAUUGGCAACCGUCAUCCCACUUACAGACACAGCUCUCUCCCUAGCAAAUAUUACGUUAAAAAAUGCGUUAACUGCAGUUAAAAAUUUAUCAUCUGAAGCUCAUGAAAGUGGGCUGAUAAGCCAGGUUGCGGAAAUGUUGAAAGUCAAUGCAAGUGGAUUAAGUGAAAUGUCCAAAAACAUUAGUGACAAUGUUUCAGCUGAUCUCAUGAAAGGAGGGUCAAUUGGAACUUCAAGGCUUUCUGAUGUUACCACUCUAGCUAUUGGAUAUAUGUUCAUACUCACUUUACUCUUUUGCUACUUUGGUAUUGUCGCUUUGAUUCGUUAUACGAGGGGUGAGCCUUUAAUAAUGGGAAGGUUCUACGGUAUUGUUUCUGUAGCAGAGACAAUCCCAUCUCUGUUCAGGCAGUUUUUGGCAGCAAUGAGGCAUUUGAUGACCAUGGUUAAGGUUGCUUUCCUUCUAGUUAUUGAAUUGGGGGUAUUUCCAUUGAUGUGUGGAUGGUGGCUGGAUGUUUGUACCAUCAGGAUGUUUGGAAAGACAAUGGCUCACAGAGUUCAGUUUUUCUCUGCUUCUCCUCUUGCAAGUUCAUUGGUUCAUUGGGUUGUAGGGAUUGUCUACAUGCUACAAAUCAGCAUAUUUGUCAGCCUUCUUAGAGGGGUUUUGCGCCAUGGAGUUCUGUACUUCCUAAGAGAUCCUGCCGAUCCCAACUACAAUCCUUUCCGUGAUUUAAUUGAUGACCCUGUUCACAAACAUGCUCGAAGGGUUCUGCUAUCUGUUGCUGUUUACGGAAGCUUAAUUGUGAUGCUUGUAUUCUUACCUGUUAAACUUGCUAUGCGGAUGGCUCCUUCCAUUUUCCCACUGGACAUAUCGGUAUCUGAUCCAUUCACUGAAAUUCCAGCCGACAUGCUUCUCUUUCAGAUUUGUAUCCCAUUGGCUGUUGAGCAUUUUAAACUGAGGACAACUAUUAAGUCCCUUCUGCGCUACUGGUUUACAGCAGUUGGUUGGGCACUUGGCCUAACUGAUUUUUUACUUCCUAGACCUGAUGAUAGUGGUGCUCAAGAAAAUAUGAAUGGAGAGCCAGCUAGGCAAGACAGGCUACAGGUUGUACCAGGAGGGGUACCUGGCCGUGGGAUGGCCUUUGCAGGCAAUGAAGUGAACAGGGGCCUUCUUGGAUCAGGAGACUUGAGUGUUGGAGAUGACUUUGAAAUUGAUGAACAAUCUGAUUCUGAUUAUGGUUUUGUGCUUCGCAUUGUACUGUUGCUGGUGGUUGCUUGGAUGACCCUACUUGUGUUCAAUUCUGCCCUGAUAGUUGUACCAAUUUCACUUGGGCGGGCACUUUUCAAUGCCAUUCCUCUUCUCCCUAUCACUCAUGGCAUUAAGUGCAAUGAUAUAUAUGCUUUCAUCAUGGGAAGCUAUGUCAUAUGGACGGCUGUUGCUGGAGCUAGAUACUCUAUUGAACAAAUUAGAAAGAGGAGGGUUUCAAUUUUAUUGAGCCAAAUAUACAAGUGGUGUGCGAUUGUUAUUAAGAGUUCUGCACUUUUGUCUAUAUGGAUAUUUGUCAUUCCGGUGCUAAUUGGGCUCCUAUUUGAACUUUUGGUUAUUGUACCAAUGAGAGUUCCGGUGGAUGAGAGUCCAGUGUUCCUCCUCUAUCAAGACUGGGCUUUGGGGCUUAUUUUCCUUAAAAUAUGGACUAGAUUGGUUAUGUUGGACCACAUGAUGCCCCUUGUGGAUGAAAGCUGGCGAGUAAAAUUUGAGAGGGUGAGGGAGGAUGGUUUCUCCAGGUUGCGAGGUCUUUGGGUCCUAAGGGAGAUCGUGCUUCCUAUCAUAAUGAAGCUGUUGACAGCACUGUGUGUUCCGUAUGUUUUGGCCAGGGGAGUGUUUCCAGUGUUCGGGUACCCAUUGGUGGUCAAUUCUGCUGUAUAUCGCUUUGCCUGGUUGGGAUGCCUCUCUGUCAGCCUUUUGUGCUUCUGUGCCAAGCGAUUCCAUGUCUGGUUUACAAACCUCCAUAAUUCAAUACGUGACGAUCGUUAUUUGAUUGGUCGUCGGCUGCAUAACUAUGGGGAAGAAGUUGGCAAGGCAAAUGAAGCCGGAACUUCCACACUUACAGAGAAUACUAAUUCGCUAAGCACUGCUUUGAUACCACAUGACUAGGUUUGAGGCAUGCAAAUCGACAGGCUGGCCGAGUUGGUUUCACGUGGUAUUGUGUUUUAGGUCGAGGGCAAAUAUUUUAAUUUUAAUUUUAGGGCAAUUGAAUCAGUGGUGCAAGACCUCUGGGUUUGAUAAAUGUACACACUUUCCGUGACCACUUAGCUCGUACGCGUAAAUGGUCUUGCAUUUAUGUACGACAAUCCCCCAAUGUAUUCAGCAAACGCAUCAAGAUGCCCGUCUGGCUACAGUCGCAUCUACAGUUAGAUUUUCCUUUUUGUAAAAUAUUCUUUAGGGACAACUCCUGUAAUGCUUAUUUUACCGGGUGUUACUUUUCAUUCCUUCAGGA